UGAGUCUGACUGUUGACAGGUUACUAAAGUUUGGAGGAAAUGUCGAAGAAACACACUUCUUUGAAAAGUUUCCUGAGCUGCUACAUCUGUUCAGAGACUUUCACAGUUCCUGUGUCUCUGAGCUGCGAGCACAGCUUCUGUUCCAGCUGCCUGCAGAAGUUCUGGGAACAAACUGGAAACAAGAACUGUCCCAUCUGUAGAAGGAAGUCUUCAUACGACGUCUUAGUAAAUUUUACUCUGAAGGAAUCUGAAGACUGUUUUGCUGGACGACAGAAAUCUGGAUCCUGUGAGAAGAAAGUGGAGGAGGUGUGCAGCGAACACCAGGAGGAUCCUGUAGUGUUCUGCAGAGACGAGCAGACAGCUGUGUGUCCUGUCUGUCCUGCUUCUCUGCACCACAAACACAAAGUGGUUCCUGUCCAACAAGCCGUCAGAGAGCUGAAGGAGCAGCUGAGAUCGGACCUAAAGUCUCUGCAGGACCAGAGGAACAAACACAAACAUGUGGAGCAGACAUACAACGAUGUGAUCCAACACCACAAGGAGCAGCUGCUGUCCACAGAGACACACAUCAGAGCAGAGUUCAACAAGCUCCACCAGUUCCUCAGACAGGAAGAGGAGUCCAGACUGGCAGCUCUGAGGGACGAAGAGGAGCAGAAGAGGAGGACWGUCAGCAGAGAGAUGAAGARGAUCCAGGAGCAGAUGUCCUCUCUGUCAGACAGSAUCUCUGCUGUUGAAGAGGACCUGCAGAAAGACAACGUGUCCUUCCUCAGGUCUUAUAAAGACACCAGAGCCAGAACCCAGAGCUCACUGCCAGAUCCACAGCUGGUCCCAGGAGUCCUGAUAGAUGUGGCCAAACACCUGGGAAACCUGGCCUUCAGRGUCUGGGACAAGAUGAAGGAGCAGGUCCACUUCAGUCCUGUCAUCCUGGACCCAAACACUGCCCACAGACGUCUGUGUGUGUCUGCUGACCUGAGCAGUGUGAGACUGGGAGACACCGAGCUGCAGCUUCCUGACAACCCAGAGAGAAACAGGAAAUACUCCAACGUCUUUGGGUCUGAGGGCUUCAGCUCAGGAGAGCACAGCUGGGAGGUGCAGGUGGGAGAUCAUCCUCACKGGCUCAUCGGCUGCGUUAAAGAGUCCGUGGACAGGAAGGGACCGUGUCCUGCUUCACCACAACAUGGAAUCUGGUAUUUGUUGCAUAAAGAUGGAAACUACACGAACGGUGCUGGUAAAGCUGUGUCAGUGAAGAAGAGCCUGCAGAGGAUCAGGGUCCAGCUGGACUAUGACAGGGGGGACGUGUCCUUCUACAACUCUGAGGACAUGAGUCUCAUCUACACUCACAGAGACACGUUCACUGACAAACUGUUUCCUUAUUUCAGUGUUGGGAAGUCUGCAGACGCCCAAACCUCUGAUGUUCACAUCUGUCAAACUAAAGUUUCUCUUUUAAAUUCAUGAGGUUUUUUAUCAGCAUUGAGGGUUUUUUGUUUGUUCAUCAUGGAUAUUUUUAUUUUUAUGGAUUUGGUUAGCUGGUC